CUUACAGCUCGGCAAUGGCAGGCUAUGAGGUUGGGUUAGUUGACAUCUUUGAACACCCACCACUACUAUCCUACUUCGCAUUUAUUAUUCCCAAUUUCCCAUUUUUCCUUCAAUGCCGACGAAAUUACCAACGCCAUCAUUCUAAUCGCUAAACCUCCUCUUUCUCUGUGUUCUUGCUUCUACAGACUUGGAAUUUGGGGUUCAUUCUUUUAUGGGUUUUAAUGGAUUUCCCAUUCUUCACAUACCCUUCCUUUUUUAUUUUCCAAUUCCUCGCGGUUUGUUGGCCGCUACCAGCUUUUGGGAUUGCUUGUUCCCCAGUUUCUAACAUUUCUAAACCAUCUUUCUUCAUCUUCACCCUUUCAGAUCGCUUCUAAUUUUUUAAUCUUCUUCUUGGGUUCUUCUCGUUUAUCUUGCCUCUCUCAUUCUCUGGAAAAAGGGUGAUGGAAACCACCGGAUUUGGUGAUUGUUUGUCGGUUAUUAUAUGGCUCAAUUUGCUUCUCCUGAGGUUCAGACCCUGCGCCGCUGGUUUUCAGAGCGUUGGGCAGAUUUCUCCAGGGCUUCAAGGAACUCAAAUGAAUUGGGUCGAUCAUGAUGGGGUGUUUCUUCAAUCCAAUAACUCUGAGUUUGGGUUUGGAUUCACUAAUCCACAGGAAGUAACGCAGUAUUUUCUAGCGAUUAUUCACUUGAGUAGCAGGAGUAUCGUCUGGACUGCGAAUCAGGCCUCUCCGGUUACGACUUCGGAUAAAUUCGUGUUCGAUGAGAAAGGUAAUGUAGUUUUAUACCAUGAAAGCAAUGUGGUUUGGUCUACAAACACUGCGAAUAAAGGAGUCUCUGCUCUUGCGUUGAUGGAUUCGGGAAAUUUGGCUUUGCUUGGGAGUGAUAAUGCAGUGGUUUGGGAAAGUUUUGGCCAUCCGACUGAUACCCUUUUGUCGAAUCAGGGUUUUGUUGAAGGAAUGAGACUUGUAAGUAAGCCGGAUUCGAAUAAUUUGACGUAUUUUCUGGAAUUGAAAUCUGGGGAUAUGGUUUUGUCUUCAGGAUUCAAAACUCCACAACCGUAUUGGUCAAUGAGCAGAGAGAAUCGCAAAACGAUUAACAAAGAUGGUGGGUCUGUAGUCUCUGCAAUUCUCACAGCAAACUCUUGGAAUUUCCAUGGUGAAAACGAUGUAUUACUCUGGCAAUUUGCCUUCUCAACCAAUACUGACGCAAACGCUACAUGGAUUGCGGUUCUGGGUAAUGAUGGAUUUAUUUCCUUUUACAAGCUUCAAAAUGGUGGGUCUGGUGAUGCUUCAUCCAUUCGAAUUCCUGAAGAUCCUUGUGGAACACCAGAGCCAUGUGGGUCCAAUUUUAUCUGUUACAGUGAAAAAAAGUGUCUCUGUCCUUCAAUUCUUGGCUCUCGUCCAAAUUGCCAAACUGGGAUUACUUCGCCGUGUGACCAAUCUGGUGAACCUGCAGAGCUUGUGGAGUCUCAAGAUAAGAUGGGUUAUUUUGCACUCCAAUUCAUGCAGCCCUCUUCGAAAACAGAUUUGGAGACUUGCAAAUCCUCUUGCAGUAGUAACUGCUCUUGUAUUGCUCUGUUUUUCCAAGCGAGUACAGGGGGCUGUUUCCUGUUUGAUGAGAUAGGUGGGUUUCUGAACUCCAAGAACUCCGAAUUCGUUUCGUACAUAAAACUGUUGAAAAAUGGAGAAAACAGUGAAAACGAUGGCGGAAAUGGAAGUGGUGGAAAGAAGCCAACCGCUGCGAUUCUGGGUAUUGCCUUUUCCACUGUGAUUGUCAUUUGUAUUCUGAUUUACGUCGGAAUUCGAUACGUUAGAAAGAAGAAGGAAUCUCCAGAACCUCCUCAAGAGAGUUCAGAAGAAGAGAAUUUUUUGGAGGGACUUUCGGGAGCUCCAAUUCGUUACAGUUACAAGGAUCUUCAAACAGCGACGGAUAAUUUCUCAGUGAAACUCGGACAAGGUGGGUUCGGUUCAGUUUAUAGAGGAUUUCUACCAGAUGGAACUCGUUUGGCCGUGAAGAAACUAGAGGGAAUUGGGCAAGGAAAAAAGGAAUUCAGAGCUGAAGUGGGCAUAAUCGGCAGCAUCCAUCACAUCCACUUAGUCAGAUUAAAGGGAUUUUGUGCAGAAGGAACCCAUCGUCUUCUUGCUUACGAGUUCAUGGCCAAUGGUUCACUAGACAAAUGGAUUUUCAAGAAAAACAGAGCAGAUUUGUCGCUAGAUUGGGAUACGAGAUUCAACAUAGCGUUAGGAACCGCAAAAGGUUUAGCAUAUCUUCACGAAGACUGUGAUGCUAAAAUCGUUCACUGUGACAUAAAGCCGGAAAAUGUACUAUUAGACGACAAUUUCCAAGCCAAAGUCUCGGAUUUCGGGCUAGCAAAGCUAAUGAACCGGGAACAGAGCCAUGUGUUCACCACACUGCGAGGAACGAGAGGCUAUCUCGCUCCAGAAUGGAUCACAAACUACGCCAUUUCAGAGAAGAGCGACGUGUACAGCUACGGAAUGGUGCUGCUAGAAAUCAUUGGCGGAAGAAAGAACUACGACCCAACAGAGAGCUCAGAGAAAUCCCAUUUCCCAACAUAUGCUUUCAAGAUGAUGGAAGAAGGAAGAAUGAAAGCCAUUCUCGAUGCUAAGUUGAACAUAAAGGAUAACGACGAGAGAAUCUCGAUAGCCAUCAAAGUGGCGCUCUGGUGCGUGCAGGAGGAUAUGCAACAAAGGCCGUCCAUGGCUAAAGUGGUGCAAAUGCUUGAAGGGGUCAGCACUGUGCCGCCGCCACCGACUUGCUCGCCGUUGGGUUCCCGGCUGUUUGCUGCAGGGUUUUUGAAAUCGAGCAGCGAGGAAUGGACUUCAUCGGGGCCAUCCGAUUGCAAUAGCGAUGCGUAUCUUUCUUCAGUGCAGCUAUCUGGGCCAAGAUAGAUAGCAUUUGUAUACAACUUGCACAUUUUUUAGGAGUUUAGGACACUGUAAAUUUUCAGAUUGCUGCAGUUUUGUGAACCGGCUUUUGUGUACACUAAUUUCUCGACAGUUUUAAGAACAUUGUUCAACUUUAAUUUAUAGUUAGAAUGUGACCAUCUCCAGUUAUUUAUGA